CGGGGCGGGCCGGCGGCUGCGCGGGCGGGCGGCUUCCCGCGCGGCCAUGGCGGCGCCCGCCUACCCCGCCUGGGUGACGCGCUGGGUGUCGGGGCAGUGGCGGAACAAGAAGCGGCCCCCGGCGCUCCGCCCGCCCCGGGCUCUGGCGCUGGCCGACAAGGUGGCGAACCGCCGGGAGGAGGCGACAGAGGCAACCUGCAUUACGGAGAUGUCAGUAAUGAUGGCCUGCUGGAAACAGAAUGACUUCAACGACGCGCCUUGUGCCGAGGAGAUCAGGAUGUUCUACGACUGCGUGGCAAAGGCAGAAAAAGAGCGGAAGAAUCAAAAUGAGGACACCAUGUCAUCCAGGGGAAAUUUGCCUUCAAGCAAAGUGAACAAGCUCCUGAAGAGAUUUCCUCAGAUCACACGUUAUGUAUAAUGUACUUUAUAAAAGGGACUGUUGCCAAGCAAUUAAAGUUGGUGUCUUGGUCAAAAAAAAGGAAAGUCAAUUUAAGUGAUGGUUAGAUGCAGGUGAUGUGUGGAUCUUGACCCUGCUUUUGAUUCCAGAGCAAGAACCACCCAUCUUGAGUAUCGGCUGAUUUUGUUCAUGAGACUCAUGGGUCUUGCAGCGUGUUGUUCAGCUUGCCUACUCAGGUCCUCACUGUUAAAUAAAACCUUCUAGGCAUUUGUGUAAAUGCAUUUCCUAACAGCGCAUGACUUCUUCACAUGCGAGCUUCUUGUCCAGCUCUGGAGCCGCUAUCAAUAAGCAUUUGAGCACAACAAACACUGAGCCAAGUUAGAAUUGCUAGUAAUGAUGGUAGUAAUUGAUGGUAUGGUGGCUCGUAUUCUUAUGUGGAUGUAUACACAAUCUGGUGCCUUUUGAAAUUUUUUAAAUUUCCACUACUGUAAAAAAAGGCUGUAAAAUGUAGAAAAAAUCUCCAGCAAAAUACCUUGGUAUUUUGUAUUACAAUACAUUGGUAAGUAUCAAAUAUAACUUUAGUAUGGAAGUUUGUGAUUUUGACCCUCUGAUUUGCAGGUGGGACAGAUAUGGUGCCACAUUAGUUUGAUUAUUUUGUCUGUACUGUAAUAAAGCAAGACUGGUGUUUGACCUGGGCAACUCAUAAUCUACAACAAAAUGUUUCAUUGUUUUUUGGUAAAAAAACUAAAAGGGGGAGAGACAGUUAAACCAUAUACUGAUAAUUGAAAUAAUGUAAUUAUUUCAAUUCAAGAAUUCUUGUAAUUCAUUUUUAGUUUUGAUGGGGGCGGGGGGUGGGGGGGCAGUUUCCACUGCAGUACCACAAAACUACAGGCAGGUUCUUGGGACCGGUAGUGUCCUGGAGAACUAAUGUUCUAACUGUUUAUAUUGGUAAUUCUUUUGGGCGUGUUGAAGAAGCAGAAUAAGAGGAGAGUCGGGCACACACAUACUCUGUGAUUACUCAUGGGUGGCUGUAGAGUUUGCUGGAGCUGAGUUCUCUGGAGCCCCAGACUGAUACCUGUUCAUCACAAAAAUUUUGGUCAGGUGAAGGUUUUCAAGUUAGUGAAGCAACAUUCGCUUAGUGGUUAAUUACAGUGGCUCAUUAGUGGAUAAUCCAGGGUAGCUUAUUCUUUUGUUGCUAUUAUGACAUAAUUGGGUGUUUUAGAAGACUUGGGGUCAGUAAGAACACAAUAUCCACAUCUGAGUUUGGGAAAACACUUUGGUUCUAUGACAUUCUGUAUUUUCUGUCCAGAAGACAGUGUGAAAAGGAAUGCUACUUGCUGUUCCUUUGUUUCUGGAGGAUAAAAGCUAGAUUGGGAGUGAGAAACUGUUUCACCUCUGUUGAUGAUGAUUUUUUUCUUCAUUUUAAAACUUGCAAUAAAAGUGUUCUGCAUCUCUUAAGAUAGCA